CCUUCCUUCCUUCUUUUGCGCCGCUCCUCUAGGCAGAACUGCGAGAGAACGUGAUCGAUCGAAUUUCAAAAAAGGCACACACCUACCCUUGUGCUCCCGAGAUCACGGAAUUACUUUAUAUCUCCUGAUUGAACAAAUCGGGAGUUCGUGUUUCGUGAUUUUGUCAUUCCGCGUGUGAACUCGCAGAUUCCCACCCGACGCUCGCGAGGCAAGCAUCCAGUGAAGAGCUCACUUAAUUAAACAAAAUGUCGAACCUCGCCGAUCCAGUUGCGUUCGCUAAGGACUUCCUCGCUGGUGGUAUCUCUGCCGCGGUCUCCAAAACAGCAGUAGCUCCCAUCGAGCGUGUCAAGCUGCUGCUUCAAGUCCAGCAUGUCAGCAAACAAAUCGCCGUAGACCAGCGCUACAAAGGUAUCGUCGACGCCUUCGUCCGCAUUCCCAAAGAGCAGGGUCUGCUCUCAUUCUGGCGUGGUAACUUCGCCAACGUCAUCAGGUACUUCCCUACCCAGGCGCUAAACUUCGCUUUCAAGGACAAGUACAAGCAGGUCUUCCUCGGAGGCGUAGACAAGCACACCCAGUUCUGGCGCUACUUCGCCGGUAACCUUGCGUCCGGUGGUGCCGCCGGAGCUACCUCCCUAUGCUUCGUGUACCCACUCGACUUCGCCCGUACCCGUCUCGCCGCCGAUGUCGGCAAAGGUGAUGGACAACGUGAGUUCACCGGUCUCGGAAACUGCAUCAGCAAGAUCUUCAAAUCCGACGGUUUGACCGGUCUGUACAGGGGUUUCGGUGUGUCCGUACAAGGUAUCAUUAUCUACCGUGCGGCCUACUUCGGUUUCUACGACACUGCCCGCGGCAUGUUGCCCGACCCCAAGAACACACCCAUCGUCAUCAGCUGGGCCAUCGCACAGGCCGUCACCACAGUUGCCGGUAUCAUCUCGUAUCCCUUCGACACGGUCCGUAGGCGUAUGAUGAUGCAGUCUGGACGUGCCAAGGGCGAUAUCCUUUACAAGAACACCAUCCACUGCUGGGCGACCAUCGCGAAGACUGAGGGAGGUUCCGCCUUCUUCAAGGGUGCCUUCUCCAACGUCCUCAGAGGCACAGGUGGUGCUUUCGUACUCGUCUUAUAUGACGAGAUCAAGAAGCUCCUCUAAAUCUAAUGUAAGAAUUGUUACCAUAAUUUCAAUUGUGAUUUAAAAUCACCGAUAGGCACUCUCCUGAAAUCAUGUAUUAUUUAGACGCGAAAUAACAUCCUAGUAACUUAUUUUUAGUUAAAUAAAGUGUUAUACGAUGAUUCCAGCAAAAAA